AAGAGGCAAGCCGGUUUUCGAAGACUGUCAACAGUAUGUUGCAGCUGAAACCUAGAAUCAUUGAACUGCUCAAAUGUGAGGUGGGCAACGGGAAUUCAGCUUCAUUCUGGUUCGACUCGUGGACUGAUUUUGGCCAGCUAAUAACCUUCCUCGGAGAUGCUGGGCCGAGGCAACUCCACAUAAGAAGAGAUACUUUUGUUGCUGAUGCUUCAAGGAAUGGAGAUUGGACAUUUCCUGCUGCUAGGUCUGAAAAUGCUCAGGCGUUAAUGAUUGCUUUAACUGCUGUUGCGGCGCCUGCUGCGUGCAAUGGCUCUGACAUCUACCUUUGGCGCAAGACCUCUGGUGAAGAUGGAUUCUAUAACCAUGAAGAUGACUCUAGCAAAGAAGUGAGCUUGUAGAAGGAACAGCUAUCAGCCACAAGUGAUAAUUGUAGAUUCUUUGAAAAUAUGUAUAUGGUAUUCAUAUUGAAAUAUUCAAUCUUUAGUCUUUGAUUAUAUGAUUAGUUCACAGUUCACACCCAACAAUUCUCUAAAUUUCAAAAUCAACUAGAAAACUGAAA